CUUCGUUGCUACAGGUGGCCAGUAAUUAAGCUUAACGUUAGCUGUGGAAAUAACGGGCUCUAUUCGGCAGCGUAUGCAAACACGAAACUCAGUUUUCAUUUAGCGUUCAUGGAAUUCAAAUUCAGCUAAGGUUGCUAAAAGACUGUCGAGCAGAACCCCCUGUUAUCGGAGUUCGACAAGUUUGGUCUGAGAGGAAGGCGCAAUGUUUGACAGUCAUGGAAGUAGCGUUACAGAGUAGCCCGGGCGGUUCAACUUUCCCUCUGACAACAUAAGCUCUUUUAAUAAAUGCCUACAAUGUCCUCUGUUAUGGAGGAUCCGAACCUAGAGAGACACUUCAAGGGGCAUAAAGGUGCUGUCACCUGUGCAGACUUCAAUCCAAACCGCAAACAACUGGCCUCGGGGUCAGUGGAUAAGAGCCUGAUGAUCUGGAAUUUGGCCCCAAAGGCGAGGGCUUUCCGCUAUGUUGGCCACCAAGACGUCCUCACUGGGGUGCAGUUCUCCCCUACUGGUAACCUGGUGGCCACUUCCUCCAAGGACAGAACGGUCCGACUGUGGACACCUUCCAUGAAAGGAGAGUCAACCGUGUUCAAAGCCCACACGGCCACUGUACGCAGUGUUGCUUUCUCGUACGACGGGCAGAGACUGGUGACAGCUUCUGACGACAAGUCUGUCAAAGUGUGGGGCGUCCACCGGCAGUGCUUCGUCUACUCUCUCAACCAGCACACCAACUGGGUGCGCUGUGCCAGGUUUUCCCCAGAUGGGCGGCUGAUAGCGUCCUGUGGAGACGACCGCACUGUCCGGCUGUGGGACACGUCCACCAAACACUGCAUCAACUGUUUCACUGACUAUCGAGAAUCAGCAACGUUUGUGGGCUUCAACUCAAGUGGCACCUGUAUUGCGUCCUCGGGAGCUGACAGUACACUGAAAAUCUGGGAUCUACGGACCAACAAGCUGAUUCAGCAUUAUCAAGUCCACAGUGCAGGAAUCAACAGCUUUUCCUUCCACCCGUCCAAUAACUACCUGAUCAGUGGCUCCAGUGACAGCACUGUUAAGGUCCUGGACCUGUUGGAGGGACGCCUUAUCUACACCCUCCAUGGACACAAGGGCACUGUAAUCACAGUAGCCUUUUCCAGGGCAGGAGACCUCUUUGCCUCGGGGGGAGCUGAUGGUCAGGUGCUGAUGUGGAGGACAAACUUUGACACCAAAUCUUACCGGGACAUCCUGCAACAACACAGCCGGAGGUCCAGCCCCGAUCCCCCACCACACGUGACUGACAUCCACCCCAGAGGACCCCACCUUCACCGCCCGCAGCCCACAGCCAUUCAGAUCAGUCCAACAGUGGCAGACACUCAGUCCACUGAUCCGCAUGUCAUAGAGUUGGGCCAGUCUGUACACAGCACCACGAUCUUAAACGGUCGAACACACACAACGCCUACACAGGCCGCUGCCAACAGUCAUCACUCCAACGCCAACGCUCACCACUCCAACGGUUUGCUGGCGCAUCGCGAGGCCACUUCAAGAGUGGGAGGAUGGAUGGGAGACGAGAGUACCGGUAGGGCACGUACGACUGUUUGGAGCCAGACUGGGGACGGCGGAAGAGGAAGGAGAGAGGAAGAGGAGAGAGGGCAGACACACCCCCUGGAAGUUCUCUCAGGGCAUCCAUCAAGUCUGGACUCCACCCUGCGGCACAUUGUUCAACAGUUGGAUAUUCUCACUCAGACUGUUUCAGUGCUGGAGGAGCGUCUCACCCUGACUGAGGACAAGCUGAAGGAGUGUCUCCUCAACCAAUCCCAGCUUCUCAGGGACGUGCGGUCGUCAGAAGAGAGACAGAGGACGGAGAGCGAGGAGACGGAUGGAUCACCUGUCCAUUUCACUUGAGGACGACCUCAACCUCUCUCAGACUGCAGCACAAACACACACAGACAGAGUCCUACUGCUUAACCCCAAGACUGCUGGACGUGUGUGUGUGUGUGUGUGUGUGUGUGUGUGUGUGUGUGUGUGUGUGUGUGUGCGUGUGCUUGUGUCUAUGCACAUAUAUGUGUCUGAGUGUGAUUCUAAAUGUCCACUUUGGUGGUCUCUCUCAGGGGUCAGUGGGUUAAUCAGGAUUUGUGUGUGUGUGUGUGUGUGUGUGUGUGUGU